GUGACAUAACUAUAACCUCAAAUUCCUUUUCAGGGUAGUUCCGAGCUGCCUUGGUUGGUUUUUGAUAAAAGAUCAGUGAUUCUUCCCGUGUUUGUGUCAGGAUUGGUUUAUUAAUUAAUGGUUUAAAGUUCCGAAACAACAAAAUGUCGUCGCUUUUAAGAUCUACGAAAUUUGUGCGAUACUUCACUGGUGCGGCCCGUACGCUUAUUCUAAACUCUGCCAAGACUGCUGAAACUACUACUUUAAUCAAUCCUAAAGCUUUAUGUGCUGCCAAUAAUGUUCUUAUGAGAGAUUAUGCAACAAAAAAGAAAGAAAGCCUAGAACCAUUGUUACAAAAAUUAGAUGCUGAAGUACGAAGAUUCGGAAGAAUAACCAAGAAGGAUAUUGACGAAGUAUUUGAUGAAAUUAAAUCGAAAAAUGACAUUACAAGCUCACAGUCGCUCCUGGUCAUUAGAUGUUGUGGUGAGCUUGUACCAGAGGAGUUGCCAGAACAGCGAACACUUUUGGUCCAAAAAAUAUGGAGUGUACUCAUUGAAAGAGGAAUUCCCAUGGAUAUUUCUCACUAUAAUGCUUUAUUAAGAGUAUACAUUGAAAAUGAGCAUCAAUUCUCCCCUGCUAAAUUCCUUGAAGAAUUGGAGAGAAAAGGAUUACAACCUAACAGGGUAACAUACCAAAGGCUCAUGUGGCGUUACUGCCAGGAGGGUGAUGUAGAGGGAGCCACAAGAGUAUUAGAAAAGAUGCGCGAACUAAGCAUGCCUGUGUCGGAACCUGUACUGAAUGCGUUGGUAAUGGGCCAUGCAUUCCAUGGUGAUACCGAUGGGGCUAAAGCAGUUUUACAGACUAUGGCUGGGGCUGGACUUGAACCUUCUAACCGUACAUACACAUUGCUUGCAUGUGGACAUGCAAAGAAUGGUGACAUCGAUGGAAUUCAAGAAAUAAUCAAAACUGCAAGUGAAAAAGACACACAACUUACAGACCGGGACCUCUUGGAAGUCAUUGAGCAUUUAGCUGUAAGUGGGCAUGGAGAUAAAGUGGAACAAGUUAUUCCCCUCCUGCAAAAAGGUGUAGGAUACAAUCAAGAUGUCUGUAAUGUUAUACUUAGAUUGCUUAAUAAGGGACAAGAACAAAUUGCUAAAACAAUUAUGAAAACCAUGCCAAAAUCCACCAAUAUAGAAGAUACUCCAUUUAAAGGAGCAUUCUUUGUAAAGCAGCUGCUAAAACUUAACAAACCUGCUGAUGAAGUUAUUAAAACAUGCAAAGAACUUCAGGAAGAAGGGCUUGUGCCAAAAGCUCUAUUCAUUGCAGCUGAAGGGUCACUGCAACUUGGCCAAGCAGAAUUAGCAUUGAAACUAUUCAAAGAACUGAAACAAGAAGGGAUGGAAAUUAGGCAACAUUUUUAUUGGCCUUUGUUAGUUCAGAAAACAAAAGAAAAUGAUGAAGAGGGUCUAUUGCAAAUUUUAAGAGAAAUGAGCAGCAAUGACUUUACAGUUACUGGAGAAGCAUUAAGAGACUAUGUUAUCCCUUACUUGAUAAAAAAAGAUUCUCCACAGAAUGUCAUACUUAAACUUCAAAUCGCAAAUGUACCGACAAUACACGCGGCAAGAAAUCUAAUGGUCGAACUUUUGGAUUCUGGUGACAUAAAAGGUGCAGCGGAAAUUGGUCUGCAAUAUAGACCUAGGGGCAACUACUCUCUUGUUGGUAGGUCCCUCAUCAAUGCAGUAAAUAAAACAAAAGACGUGGAAUCUUUUGCAAAAAUUCUUCAUGUUAUAAGUAGUAAACCUUCUUCACUGGGUGAAGAUGUUGCAGCCAACAAUGAAGAAAGUCAAAGUGAUGAAAAUAGUGAAAUUCAUGAAGUUGGCCGCAUUGUAAGGGCGUCUGUCAAGGGUUUGGUGAAACCAGACAUGGUAGAAGCACUUUUAAGAAGUGUCGACUCUAAAGGACUGAGAAUAACAACUGAGGCUGCAGAAUCAAUAGAACAAUUUUUAGGAGAAAACAUGACUAAGGAUUUGUCACAGCUAUUGACCAAGCUUUCGACAACUGAGAUGGAGCUGGUUCCGAUUGAGAGUACACGUAAACCUGGAGGACCUCGCACUACCGCUCAAAUGGAAAAUCAACUUGCACAAUUGAAAAACAAAGGUGUCAAUAAUUUAUCUCGCAUACAGAAACAGCUACUCGUUGCUUACAUUAAAGAUAAUAAUGUUAGUAAGGUGAACAGUUUCUUAGAGGAAUUGAAACAAUCGAAGUUUGAAUUAACAACGGCGACACUGGCUCAGUUGUUCGAGUUUUACUGCGAAAAUGAUGAAGUUGAAAGAGCUCUACAAUGUAAAGUACAACUUGCUGAAAAGGAACCAGACUUCGUUUUGAAUAAAUACAAGCUGGUACAAAUGGCAUAUGCUCUCAUUAGAGCGAACAGGUUUGACGAAGCUGUAGUAACUUUAGAAAACCACAAACAUGAAGAUAACACAUCAGGUUUUAUGAUAAAUUCCAAAUGCUGGCAAAUGCUAAACACAUUAGCUGAACAAAAAAAUGAUGCCCAAGUAAAACAAAUGACAAAGAUGCUUAUAGAUAAUAAAUACAUUGAGCCUUCGAAUAUUAUUUUGGGACCUUCAAUCAAAGUGCACCUACUGCAAAAUGACAUAGACGGUGCUUUGACAGAGUUUGAGAAUUGCUGCAAACAGUAUAGGAGUACUCCUUGGAAGGGAGAACUGAUGAAGUCGUUGAUUAUGAAAGAGGAUGCUACUAAACUUCAGUGGUUAGCUGACCUCAGUACUCAGAUUCAUGGAGAAGUGAACAUCCUUCAUGAUUUGGUGCUCGCCUUCAUUGAGUGCGGCCGCUUGCGCCAGGCGCGUCGUAUCCUCGAGACGCCCGGACUACAAACUCGACACCGCCGCUUAGAUGACGCUUGCCAGAGAUACGUAGAGGACGGAAAAUCCGAGUACCUCGAAGGUUUGCUCGAAGCUACAAGAGAAUUGUCCAAUGUUGACCGUAGUAACAUUUUCUACCACCUUCUCGUUACAUACUGCAAAGCCAAUGAAACUGAUAAAGCUCUGGGUCUUUGGACACUUCUGCAAGAAGAAGGUGAAGUACCCAGCGACCAGUUCCUUACACACCUUGGCAAUCAUUUAAUAGCGAAGAACAGAGAAGUACCAUUCGUAAUACCACAAGUUAAUACAGGUACUCCUAAAAAGAGUAAAAAUGAAGGUGAUGUUGUAGAGAAGAUCGUAAGUCUGAGAGAACCAAGUAAACCAACUAAAAGCGAUGUAUCGACUCAUAUCGAAACUUUGACGAAGGAUGGACAGUACUCACAAGCACUUGAUGUAGCUAUGAAGUCUAUUGAACAUGGUGUGGUACCUAAGACCGGCGUUUUGAAAUUCUUAUUGAAAUGUUUGGCUGAAGAAGGAAAUGUAGAAAAGAUACAACAGUUGGGCAAAUAUGUAAACGACUCAUUAAAACGCCGCGUGACCUACGAUGACAAGUUGACCCUGGCUGUGUUCAACAGAGGCGCUGGAUCACAACAUAUCGAUAAUGUACUCGAAUCAGUCAAAGCUGCUAAGUCCGAAGAGGAAAUGGAUAAUGUGCUUCGAAAGUAUCCUAGAAGUAGCGCACUUGCAACCGUCGUUCAGGAUAAUGAACUCACUGAAAAGUGCAAACAAAUAGCCGACAUUGCAGCAGCGAAAGAAAAAUUCUUACCAGCUAACCUGCUAUGGAUGGAACUUAUACUGAACGGCAGAGAGAAAGAAGCCGAAGAGAUUUGGUCAAAAUGGCUGUGUAAAGCGCCCGUUGUCGUAUUUAGAAGAUUACUGCAAGAGAGUCAUACACGAAAAGAACCAGAAAAAAUUGAAAAACUUAUUCAAAUAUUGAAAUCAAACAAGGGAUUGUCUCUCUCAUCGUUAGGUAAUGCUUACUCGCGCCUUAUCAAUUUCUACAUCGCGGAAAAUAAGAUUGAUAUUGCUGAGGAAGCUUUUUCGGCGGCACUGAAAUUGGGUUUGAAAACGGAACACAUGAAUAACAGCACUUUAAAAAGACUGAAAACUACAGUAGAAGAAUCAGGGAGAACGUUUAAGUACGAGUUUUAAUUUAAAAUACCAAAAUGUAUCUUGGCAUUUUACAAUCAGCAUCCAUUUUCUGAUUAAAAUGUUUAUAGGAUAUUGUAAAAUAUUACUAAUUUGUUGAUAUGUUAUGAUAUGAAUGUUACUUUGUUCUUUUAAACUCCCUGAGUUAAGUAGUCCAGUAAAACAUUUAUCAGGAAAAUUAUUGUCUUGUUUAUUAUCAACAUAUUUUAAAUUAAGGAUGUAGAAUGCUUACUUACUGUGGACAUUACAAAAUAUGAAUAAACAAGUAUUGAAUUGCACAUGUAGAAUAGUUUAUUUUAGUUAUUAAUAAAUUAUUAGUUAAUA